CAGGGCUGUGGACUCGUCGCUGCAGGGCCUCGGUUCCCCAUCGCUCAGGACCGAGAGCUGGCAGCCGCCGCUGCCCCAAUGGACCAACGCGCAGAUCUCGGAGCACUACAGCACCUGCAUCAAGCUCUCCACCGAGAAUAAAAUCACCACCAAGAACGCCUUUGGGCUGCACCUGAUCGAUUACAUGACCGACAUCCUGAAGCAGAAGAACUCGGAGCUCACCAACUUCCAGGUGGCAGCCGGGACUCUGGACGCCAGCGCCAAGAUCUACGCCAUGCGCGUGGAUUCCGUGCACGCCGACGCCUUCAGGGUCCUGGGCCACCUGGGCAAGGAGCCGCCCCCUGCCCGGGACUCAGACAGCCCCCAGGAAGACUCCAGCCCAGCUCCUGAGGCUGCCAAGAAGGCUCAGCCAAAGAAGAAGCAAAGCUUCAAAACCAUCGAGCAGAACCUGAGCAACAUCAACGUGCCCGAGGGCAGCCAGCGGCCUGAGGUGGAUCCCAUGUUCCAGCGCGCAGUCGCCUCCUUUGACGAGUGCAACACCGCCGGCAUUUUCCUGACGGGGCUGCGCUCCCAGGGCUUCCAGAGCCGCCUCCUCUUCCCCUCUGAAAUCGUCCCCCUGCCCUCCUCGGAGAGCCUGGCCCUGCCCAGCUCCCAUCCCGUCACCGUGCCAGCCCUGAAAGCCCUGCUGACCCCGUGCCUGGAAAAACGCCGGAUCUGCUCCUCCCUGGCCGGAUUCCAGUUCACCAAGUGGGAUGAGGAGUCCCACAACGAGUCGGUGUCGGCGCUCCUGGAGAAGUUCCGGAAGAGCGAGCACGCCUUCGAUCCCAACCUGGAUCCCGACAGCGAGGAGGGCGAGGCCUGGGCCCCCUCCCAGCCCGAAUUCCAGCCCGAAUCCCCGGCCGGGAAUGGGAACCACCCGGAAUUCCAGGCCAACGGAGACUCCCUGGGCCACAGCAAGAGGAGCACCGGAGCUGCCCUGGGAGAGGGGGACAUCGGCACGAUGAGCCUGCACGUGUCCCUGAAUCCCGGGGAAUAUUCCUACUUCAGCCCCCGCGUGCUCUCCAUGUGGGCCGGCCCCGAGCACUGGCGCUUCCGGCCCCGCCAGCCCCCAGCCCCAGGCCUGGAGAAGGAUUCCCGGCAGAGGAUUCCCAGGAAGGUUUUCGAGCUGGAUUUCGAGGAGGACAUCGACUUCCAGGCCUAUUUUCAGAAGACCAAGGCAUCCACAACUUUGGCCAAAUCCAUCCUGGAGAGCCAGAACAGCCGGAGCACCACGCUCCCCGCAGACUUCAACUACGACCCCGAGAACCUGGGGCAGCUCUUCCUCAAGCCCCACAUCAAGCUCAGCCCGAGCUCGGAUCCAGCGGGAGCCUUGGACAGCGAGGCUGGGGUUGAGGAUUACGACUACAACAACGCCAACGACACCUCCAACUUCUGCCCUGCCCUGCAGGUUCCUGACAGCGACGACGAUCCCGAUCCCGCGGAAUUCCCGGGCCAGGCGGGGCUGCUCCCGCUCCCAGCUCAUCCCGAGGCUCCGGAGCACUCCGGGAUCAACGGCAGGAACGGCCCCGGCUGCGGGGAGCUGGAGCUGAUUGCUGAGCCCCCCAAGGUCCAUAAGAUCCCCAUCCAGUACGCCAGGACAGCCAAGAGGAUGGACAUGAGGAGGCUGAAGAGGAACAUGUGGGAGCUGCUGACGGAGCAGGGAGAGGAGGAGGAGGAGGCCGGGGAAGGGACGGAUGUGAAGGUGGCCGGAGAGAAAAGCCUGAGUGACCUCAUCAAGGAUCUGUGGCACAGGCUCCCUCCUGCCAUGGCCUCUGACCUGUCGGUGCCCUUGGCCUUCGUGUCCCUCCUGCACCUGGCCAACGAGAAGAAUCUGAAGCUGGAGAGCACCGAGGACCUGGCAGAUAUCCUGGUGAGAGGAGGGGACUGACCCUGAUCCAGCUGGGAAUGCUGAGAAACCCCAAAAUCCCAAAUCCCUGGGAAGGCUGGGAUUCAGGGAUGUCCUGGCUGGACAGAUCCCAACCAGGAUCCAGCAGCUUUUCCCUGGCAUUGGAAAUUCCUGCACUUCACUGUGAACCCAGGCUGCUCUGUGUCCCAAAAUUUCCUCUCUGUGUCCCAAAAUUUCCUCUCUGUAUCCCAAAAUUUCCUGUCUGUCCCAAAAUUCUGUCUGUCUGUCCCAGAAUUCCCUCCCUGUUUCCUUCCCAGUCUGUAAUUCCCAGUUUUUGGACUGACUGUUACUCCUGGCCCUGUUCCCUCCAUUCCCUGGGAUUAUUCCCUUUUUUUUAACUGUUUUCAAGGUUAAUAAAUUUUGCACACUUUGGA